AUGGUAUUCGUGAAUUGUGUAGUCGAAGAAAAUAUUCCUAUUGAGGCAUCAAUUGAUACGAGCGCCAAUGUAAAUUGCAUUAGCCAAAAACAUAUUGGUGAAUUAGGAAUUACAUAUCACAGUGAAAGCAAUCGUAUUGAGACUCCGGAUGCAUCCUAUUCUACAUUAGGAAAGGUUGAUCUGCAUAUCGGCUUUAAUGAUAGCAAGAAACAUAAAAGCACACCCGUUGAAUUCAUAGUUCUUGGACUGGAGUGGUCGGGACCUGAUUUAAUUUUAGGAGGACCUUGGUUUCAAGAAAAUGGUGCAACUUUGGAUAUAUGCAACUCAAAUCUAUUAUUUGACAAUAAUUUUGCGAUCCCAUUCAAAGAAGUAGACUAUAUUUCGACAUUAUCUGAUAGUCAAAUCCGAGCUAUGACGGAUUUUCCCAGUCCAACCUAUAGUCCGGAGUGA